CUUAGCACUCCAACGUACACACAACAACAACAAUGGCAUCCAUGACAUCGUUGAGCUCCUCCGUCCUCAAGCAAUAUGCUUUCUUUCGUAUGAUGACCCCUACGCCACUUCGGGAAACAAACCUUUCAUUCACCUACAGCCCUAAGAUUCAUCAAUCUCUCUCUUUAAGCACUGCAACAAACAACAAAAAAAACAUAACAACAGUGGCAGCUAGCCCGCCAAAAAAGGAGAUAUUUCACCAGUUCGAGUUCUUUGUUGUCUACACAGACGGAACCGUGGAGGUCCUCCGUCCUCCACCAGCAUUCGUUCCUCCCUUCGAGCUCCACAUCAAGGAUGCCGAAAUCACCACCACCAACCCUCGCCUCAUCGCUCGCCUUUUCCUCCCAAAAAACCCUGACAACAAAAAACUCCCCGUCGUCCUCUACUUCCAUGGGAGUGGCUUCUGCUCCAGGUCCGCCCUCUCUCCAGAAUAUACUAACCAUCUCGCCGACAUCGCCAAUCAAUCCAACGUCCUCGCUGUCUCCGUAGAGUACUCCAAGUUCCCGGCCCGACCACCACCUGCUUGCUACGAAGAGGCCUUGAGCUCCCUCGGUUGGAUCGCGUUGCACGCAAACGGGGCCGGGCCAGAGCCUUGGCUAAACGACUACGCCGACCUGCAGCGUGUUUUCGUCGCGGGAAACAGUGCCGGCGGUAACAUCACCCAUUACGUGGUCAGCAAAGUGGGAAAAACAGAACCACCGAAUGGUAUAAAUGUGGAGGGUGCGAUUAUGGUGCACCCUUUCUUUGGUGGAUUAGGGGAAGAUAGGCAAUGGCUGUAUAUGUGCAAGGAUAAUAAGGGGCCAGAGGAUCCAAGGCUGAAACCGGCGGUGGAAGAUUUAGAUACACUUGGGUGUAGGAGGGUUUUGGUGUGUGUGGCGGAGACUGAUCCGUUGAGACCUGCUGGAGAGAACUACUUUAGGGAUCUGAAGAAUAGUAGUUGGGGUGGGCGUGUUGAGCUGGAACUGAAUAAGGGUAUUGGACAUUCCGAUCAAGUUUAUAAGCCAUAUGACGAAAACUCUCGUCUCGUCGUGCCAAGGAUUGCUACUUUCAUUAAGCAACAAUGAAUCUGUUAUCUAUUCUGAUCUGAUCUUGCGUGAGAAAUGAACUUUUGUUGUUUUAGAUAUUGAUAUUUAUAAUAAGUGAGUGUAGGACUCACUCAAAAUGCAUAAACUAAAGAUUCACAAUCGCCGAGAUGCAUGCAUGCAUGCCUCCUUAUUAAUAUUGUUUACUGAAGUGUAUCCAUAUGUCCGAGAAUUUCUAGGUGUUUGCUAUGGUACUUAAAA